GUGGGGUGAACUGGCUGGGCGCCCAAGACUUUCGUGAGCUCUUCGAAUCCCUCGACAGAGACGGUUCUGGAAAACUGAGCCUAGGAGAGCUCCUGAGCAUGGCUAUGCAGCUCUCAGACCUCGCCGAGCGGUUGCAGCGCUUCUGUUCCGACAACGCGGAUCUUUCUCCGGAAAACUGCCUCCUUGAGUUCCGCCAGCAGCUGAAGAUGGGAUCGGACCUCGUGGGAACGAAAGCGAAGCCGCUCAUUCCGGACAAGCGGAUUACCUUCUCUAGCGUUUUCUUGAGGAGUGGAGACCAUGGCCACAACCAACAAUGGCGAUCCCGACUGGACUGCUCUGAGACCUGUUGGGUGGCUGAGUCGAAUGACAAAGACCAGGAUCCGUGGAUCCAAUGGGAGUUCUUCUCCAUGCGGGAGAUCCGCAGCAUUUCGACUCGAGGACGGCCAGACAGCGACUGUUGGGUUCAAAAGUAUACUGUGAAGUACACCGACCUGGAUCAUGAUGAAUUUGAAGAGGUCCUGGCGGAGAAAGGUGAUCCAUGGAUAAAUUUUCCGGAGGAGCUGGAGGGCAACACUGACAGAAACACGCGACAGGACAACAUCCUGGAUCCCCCGAUUCUGGCAUAUCGGAUCAGGAUUUGCCCUCGCACAUAUCAUGGUCAGUAUCCUUCGAUGCGGGCCUCGCUCUUCGGAUCAUUCAGGCCGAGCCCGGCGACUUUGAGUAUCAAGUAA